CUCUCUCUCUCUCUCUCUCUCUCUUCCACGUUUGGAAGGAGAGCGGAACAAAAAAAGAGAGAAAGUUAAAAAGAAAAAAAGGAAAGCCACCAAUCACCCCGUCCAGACUCGACUCUGGACCCCUACUACCCACCGCCGUCGUCUUCCUCCUGCUGCUGUCCUUGUUCUACUUUCGCUUCCUCCCUGGCCCUGGCCCUCGCCCUCGCCCUCGGGUUUUAAGGAAGGAGUUGGUGGUGGUCAACUCUUUGCUGCGAGGAUGACGAUCGACGAGAUUAUUGACGAUCUGGAAGAGGCGCCCCCGCUCCUCGAAGAUGCAGAGGGCAGCUCCGGUCCUCGCCGCAUUGCUCUCUUCGUUGAGCCAUCUCCUUUCGCCUAUAUUUCUGGAUAUAAGAACCGGUUUCAAAAUUUCAUCAAACAUUUGCGCGAAAUGGGAGAUGAGGUCAUGGUCGUGACGACCCAUGAGGGAGUGCCUCAAGAAUUUCAUGGUGCAAAACUGAUUGGUUCGCGCAGCUUUCCUUGCCCGAUGUAUCACAAUGUUCCACUCUCAUUGGCGCUUAGUCCUAGAAUUAUUUCAGAGGUGGCGAAGUUUAAGCCCGACAUCAUUCACGCAUCUUCACCUGGAAUUAUGGUAUUUGGGGCUCUUGCAAUUGCUAAAUUGCUCUCUGUCCCAUUAGUGAUGUCGUAUCACACUCAUGUUCCAGCAUACAUUCCUAGAUACACUUUCAGUUGGUUGGUAGAGCCCAUGUGGCAGGUCAUCAGUAAGCAACACCCCCCCCUAAUAUUUUCUAAUAUUUCCUUUAUUGCUAGCGAUGGUGAACCAGAAAAACUGCUGAUAAUUCAUGUUGGACGCUUCGGACUUGAAAAGAACUUGGAUUUCCUUAAAAGGGUUAUGGAUAAGCUGCCGGGAGUAAGAAUUGCCUUUGUAGGAGAUGGACCAUAUAGGCCCGAACUGGAGAAGAUGUUCACAGGUUUGCCUGCAGUAUUCACAGGGAUGCUUCAAGGUGAGGAGCUCUCAGAGGCAUAUGCUAGCGGGGAUGUAUUCGUGAUGCCUUCUGAAUCUGAGACCCUCGGCCAGGUUGUGUUGGAAUCCAUGUCUUCUGGUGUUCCUGUUGUUGCAGCUCGUGCAGGUGGAAUACCCGAUAUAAUACCGGAAGACAAUGAGGGCAAAACAAGCUUCCUAUUUAGGCCUGGAGACCUUGAUGACUGCACGGACAAGAUUGAACGGCUCUUAUCGUCAAAAGAAUUCAGAGUAGAAAUGGGAAAGGCUGCGAGGGAGGAGAUGGAAAAGUACGACUGGAGGGCUGCCUCUAAAAAAAUACGCAAUGAGCUCUACAAUGCUGCCAUCUGGUACUGGCGUAAGAACAAGCAAGAGCUGCCCAACCCGCUUCAGUGGUUGGCCCGGAUGUUCUUACCCCCGCAAGAAGCUAACCACAAUUGAAAACCACAGAAAAAGUGUACACUGUCCUUAAAAAAAUUUGGACUUUGGUCCUUUAGAAGUUUAAAGUUUGGACUAUGGUCCUUUAGAAGUUUGUGACUUUGGAAGGUGUGAGUGAUUGCGAAGCUGCAUGCAUAUGUUUAUAUGUCUUGGUAAAUUGGCUCGUUCAAUUGUAUCCAUUUCUUGUACAUUAGAUAGUGCAACAAUGAUUUCAGCUGUUAUUAUUGUCCUGAAAUGGGAAUGACAGUGAGAUUCUAGGACUUUGUUUUUUAUGUGAAUAAGGAUAGUCCCUUCUGCUUUUACC